AUGGGUUCUACGCACCACCCCUUGGAUUGGUCUAGCUAUGCUAACGUUAUCGACGGUCGUCUGUCCUCUACUGCUCAGGUCCGGCACAGCAUCAAUCCUGCCACUGGAGAGGAUAAUCCAGACGUCCCUGUCUCUACCCAAGAUGACGUUGAGGAGGCCAUGCAGGCAGCGAAAAGAGCGCAGGUUGGUUGGGCUGCGAUAUCAUAUGAAGAUCGUAGAAAGGCGCUUCUUGCCUUUGCGGAUGCAGUUGAAGCUGAAUUUAAGGCCUUUUCUGAUAUGCUCAUUAGGGAGCAGGGAAAGCCGAGGCAAUUUGCGGAUUUCGAGAUGAACAUUGCCAUCAAGUGGAUCCGCACUAUGACGAACCUUGACCUCCCUACCCACAAAAUCGAGGAGGAAGGCAAAACGAUCGUCACCCGAUACACCCCUCUAGGUGUCGUGGUAGCAAUCAUCCCCUGGAACUACCCUAUCUUCCUAGCAACAGGGAAAAUCGCACCAUGCUUGGUGACCGGGAACACGAUGAUUGUCAAGCCCUCACCGUUCACGCCCUGUGGUGGUCUGAAGCUCGUCGAGCUCGGUCAGCGGUUCUUUCCUCCUGGAGUUCUGCAGGCGUUGUCGGGAGAUGACAAUCUCGGUCCCUGGCUUACUAGCCACCCUAUUCCGGCGAAGAUUUCGUUUACGGGGUCUACAUUUACGGGUAAGAAGGUUAUGGAGACUGCCAGUAAGACUCUUAAACGCGUUACGCUUGAGUUGGGUGGGAAUGAUCCUGCAAUUGUUUGUGAAGAUGUUGAUAUUGCUGAUGUUGCACCUAAGAUCGCUCAAUUUGCGUUCUUGAAUACUGGACAAAUCUGUCUUGCCUUGAAACGUGUAUACGUACACGAAAGGAUCUUUGAAGACUUCAAAGCGGCUAUGAUAGCAGCCACACGCUUACUUAAAGUUGGCGAGGGUAAUGAACCUGGAGUCUUUAUGGGCCCAAUCCAGAAUAAAAUGCAAUAUGAACGUGUCAAAGGUCUGUAUGAGCACGUCAAAGAGGAGAAACUUGACAUUUCCUUGGAAGGCGAUAUUCCCUCGGGCAGCGGAUAUUUUAUCAAUCCUACUAUCGUCGACAGGCCGCCCGAGAAUUCACGUCUUGUUGCCGAGGAGCCUUUUGGGCCCAUCGUCCCCCUCCUCAGCUAUAGCACCUAUGAAGAGGCUAUCUCCAGAGCCAACGACACUCACUACGGCCUAGGUGCUUCAAUAUGGUCUGGAAGUAGUGAGCGCGCAAACGAGCUCGCGCAGAAAAUUCAGGCGGGGACGGUCUGGGUCAAUACACACUUUCAUCUUGAUGGUAGGGUGCCGUUUGGGGGCCACAAAGAGAGUGGGAUUGGGACUGAGUGGGGGGUCAGUGGCUUGGUUUCGUAUUGUAAUUCGCAGACUUUGUUUUUGGAGAAGUAG